AUGCUGUUUUCCUGGCAAGGAGGCCCAAGACCGCUGCAGCUACUGCUCUGGCUUCUGCUUCUCGCAGCCUGGGAGACCGGUAGUGGCCAGCUUCACUACUCCGUCCUCGAGGAAGCAAAACACGGCACCUUCGUGGGCCGCAUCGCCCAGGACCUGGGGCUGGAGCUGGCGGAGCUGGUGCCGCGCCUGUUCCGGGUGACGUCCAAAGCACACGGGGACCUUCUGGAGGUAAAUCUGCAGAAUGGCAUUUUGUUUGUGAAUUCUCGGAUCGACCGCGAGGAGCUGUGCGGGCGGAGCGCGGAGUGCAGCAUCCACCUGGAGGUGAUCGUGGACAGGCCGCUGCAGGUUUUCCAUGUGGACGUGGAGGUGAAGGACAUUAACGACAACCCGCCCAUGUUCCCUGAAAGCAAGAAACGAAUAAUCAUUGCAGAAUCUAGACCUUCGGCAACUCGAUUUCCGCUAGAUGGCGCAUCCGAUGCAGAUAUUGGUGUAAACUCGGCAUUGACCUACCGACUGGAUCCCAACGAUUAUUUCGCUUUGGACACACAAAAUAGUCGUGAGCAAAUGUCUUCAUUAUCACUUGUACUGAGGAAAACAUUGGACAGAGAGGAAAUUCAGGAACAUAGUUUAUUACUGACAGCCAGUGAUGGAGGUAAACCCGAGCUGACUGGCACAGUUCAGCUGCUCAUCACAAUUCUGGACGUGAAUGACAAUGCCCCGGAAUUUUACCAAUCCGUUUAUAAAGUGACGGUGUUGGAGAACGCAUUCAAUAGAACAUUAGUGAUUAAGCUAAAUGCCACAGAUCCUGAUGAAGGUACAAAUGGAGAUAUAGUCUACUCAUUUAGAAGGCCUGUAUCGCCUGCAGUGCUAUAUGCAUUUACCAUAAAUACCAACAAUGGAGAAAUUAGGACAAAAGGGAAACUAGAUUUCGAAGAAAAGAAAUUGUAUGAAAUAUCCGUGGAGGCAGUUGACAAAGGAAAUAUUCCGAUGGCGGGUCAUUGUACCCUUUUGGUGGAAGUACUAGAUGUAAAUGAUAACGCCCCAGAGGUUACCAUCACUUCUUUGUCACUCCCCAUCAGAGAAGACACGUCACCUAGCGCCAUCAUUGCCCUGAUCAGUGUGUCCGAUCGUGACUCUGGCUCAAACGGACAGGUCACCUGCACCCUGACGCCGCACGUCCCUUUCAAGCUGGUGUCCACCUACAAGAAUUACUACUCGUUGGUGCUGGACAGCGCCCUGGACCGCGAGACCGUGGCGGCCUAUGAGCUGGUGGUGACCGCGCGGGACGGGGGCUCCCCCUCGCUGUGGGCCACGGCCAACGUGUCCGUGGAGGUGGCCGACGUGAACGACAACGUGCCGACGUUCGUGCAGCCCGAGUACACGGUGUUCGUGAAGGAGAACAACCCGCCGGGCUACCACAUCUUCACGGUGUCUGCGCAGGACGCGGACGCGCGGGAGAACGCGCUGGUGUCCUACUCGCUGGUGGAGCGGCGGGUGGGCGAUCGCGCGCUGUCGAGCUACGUGUCGGUGCACGCGGAGAGCGGCAAGGUGUACGCGCUGCAGCCGCUGGACCACGAGGAGCUCGAGCUGCUGCAGUUCCAGGUGAGCGCGCGCGACGCGGGCGUGCCGCCUCUGAGCAGCAACGUGACGCUGCAGGUGUUCGUGCUGGACGAGAACGAUAACGCGCCGGCGCUGCUGACUCCCCGAGCUGGCAGCGCUGGAAGCACAGUGAGCGAGCUGGUGCCGCGGUCGGCGGGGGCGGGUCAUGUGGUGGCGAAGGUGCGCGCGGUGGACGCCGACUCCGGCUACAACGCUUGGCUUUCAUACGAAUUGCAGCCGGCGGCGGUCGGCGCGCGCAUCCCGUUCCGCGUGGGGCUGUACACGGGCGAGAUCAGCACAACGCGCACUCUGGACGAAAUAGACGCGCCACGCCACCGCCUUCUGGUGCUGGUGAAGGACCAUGGUGAGCCCGCGCUGACAGCCACAGCCACGGUGCUGGUGUCGCUGCUGGAGAGCGGCCAAGCGCCAAAGGCGUUGUCGAGGGCGUUAGCAGGCGCUGUGGGUCCAGAAGCGGCGCUGGUGGAUGUCAACGUGUACUUGAUCAUCGCCAUCUGCGCGGUGUCCAGCCUAUUGGUGCUCACGCUGUUGCUGUAUACUGCGCUGAGGUGCUCGGCGCCGCCCACCGAGGGCUCGUGCGCGCCGGUCAAGUCCACUCUGGUGUGUUCCAGCGCGACAGGGAGUUGGUCGUACUCGCAGCAGAGGCGACAGAUGGUGUGCUCUGAGGAGGGCCCACCCAAGACGGACCUUAUGGCCUUCAGUCCCAGCCUUCCUCCUUGUCUUGGUCCUGCAGGAGGAACAGGCCAGACGGAGGAGAACUCAGAAUGUUUGAAAGAGGUAAGCUUAUAUUUUUAA